AUGCUGCGCCAGGCCAACUUGCCGACUUGCUACUUCUUGGCCACCAGCGCCAAGUGCACCAAGGGCUAUGAGGGCGAGUACCAAUGGGUCAUCGAGUUGGAGAAGGGUUGGAGCCCCUGGUUCCCCGGCAAUGAGCCCUACUACGGCGAGACCGACGCGCCCGUGAAGUACACCUUGGGCCGCUAUGACUUCGAGGUGCACUUCGAGUCGGAUACCCAGGGCACCCAGACGAACUUGACCACGGGCAAGGUCCGGCGCGUCCAGAAGCUCCAGAAGGGUGAGCCCAUGCCCGCCUGGGAGGGCACCGGCAUCCGCCGCCGCCCUGCCACCGGCGCCGGCGGCGCUCCUCCCUCGGGCGGUCUCAACAGCGCGCCGGCGACGUCGGCGGCCAAGCAGGCACAGGCGAACCGGGAGCAGCGUCGGGGGGGCUAUGAUGCGAACAAGGCGGUGCAACCACAUGCGCUGCGACCACAGGUCUCCCAGUCCGCGUACCAAGCGUCGCCCGUGGCGGCGGCUCCCGUGAAGCCCAAGGCGACAGCGGCGCGUACCGCGCCCAGUGGGCCGGCGCCCGCGCCCGGUGGGCAAUUGACCAGAAUCUCUUUGGAUUCCUUGGUGAACUGCCCAGCGAUCAGGGACUACAGGUCUUUGAGCCGUCCAGACACUCCCCACUGGAUCGUGACCUUGAGCCCGAUCUCCAUGCACUUGGAUGCGGAGGUUGGAGAAUUGCUCAAGCCCUUCGGAGUGCGCAAGAUGACCAGGGUGUCUGCACAGGAGAUCAACUUCGCCGUGAGUUCGAAGAAGAUUGCAAGAUGCUUCAGAGCUCUCAAUGGCGUACUAACCAUCGGCGGUCGCGAGCUCGAGGUGACUAUUCGCAAAGCAGUUUCAGCCGAGAGGGUUGAACCAGCUGUUGGUGGCCUACAAGCUCAUCAGCCGAUGAUUGCCAAAGACAACGCGAAGUCAUCGAUGUCGCAAUUCCGCUCUGAAGGCAUCCCACAAGAAAAAAUCGACAGUGCGGAAGAGAUGGGAGCCAACGCAAAGUCAUGGAUCGAAGGACUGCCACAAGAAGAAGAUACCAGUACCGAAGAGAUAGCAGUCAGCGAGAAGUCUUCGAUGUCGCAAUUCCGCUCUGAAGGCAUGCCACAAGAAAAAAUCGACAGUGCGGAAGAGAUGGCAGCCAACGCAAAGUCAUGGAUCGAAGGACUCCCGCAAGAAGAAGAUACCAGUACUGAAGAGAUAGCAGUCAGCGAGAAGUCUUCGAUGUCGCAAUUCCGCUCUGAAGGCAUGCCACAAGAGAAAAUCGACGGUGCGGAAGAGAUGGCAGCCAACGCAAAGUCAUGGAUCGAAGGACUGCCACAAGAAGGGGAUACCAGUACCGAAGAGAUAGAAGUCAGCGAGAUGUCUUCGAUGUCUCAAUUCCGCUUCGAAGGAAUGCCACAAGAAGAAACCAGUCGCGAAGAGAUGGCAAAGUCACUGCUGUGGCAGCUACUCUCUGAAGGGAUGGGACGCAGGUUCCGCCGGGGCGCCCGAGACGUGAUGCGUUCCGCGGAAGUGGUGGCCAGUCGCUUCUACCGUUUGGGCUCCGCCACGGUGGUCUUAAGCCCUGAGGCGAAUGCCACCGAGGCGCCCAGAGGACAUGUGUCGCGCACACUCGUCACCAAGCGGACGGCGAGGAACACAAAGACACCACGUGAAGAGGGGUGGCAAGCCCUGGAAACGGGGGUCCCAGAACGGGUGUCGAUCAAGUUGGAUGGAAAUUCCAUGCAGCCCGGCUUGAUGAAAAGUGCUGGUGCAAGUCUAGGUGUGUACGGCGCAGGUGGUUUGCAACUGGGAGGUGCCACACUGCUCGGGAACUUCUCGCCCUCCACGCGGAGAUUAGACGAGGCGGCCGGACCGUCUGCUGGCGGAGUGCGACAACUGCAGAGCGUGCCGGCCCGGAAGCUGAGGGGCGAUUUGGGUCCCGGCCUGAAGUGUGGGGGUGGCCGCCUUGCGGAAGGGACGGUGGCCGCCAACAAGCAGAUCGACGUGACCGUGCUCUGGGGCAUCCGGGCUCCUCGCACGAUCCCCUUGCUGGGCCCCAACGCGGACCGCUGGUCCUUCGAUCCAACCUUCCAGAUGGUCCGGUUGCCCGUGGCGACCGGGUGCUGCUCGCCGGUGGGUUGUCGCGGUCCGGUCGCCGCUCGGGCCAAGACGACAGACACGGCGCCCGCGGAGUUGCGGAUCCUGCGCAAGCGUCCGGAAGACCUGGAUCGGGAGAAGGAGACUGGAUGGCUGUGUCCUGGAUGGGAAGGAGCUAAGAUGCUCAUGUUUCAGUGGGACAACAAGCGCUUCCCAUCGCGGAACUUCUAUCCGGAGGUGAUCUACUACGCCGUCAGCAACUUGCCGAUGCAGGAGCAGUUGUGGAUUGCCCGGCAGCCCGUGAACGACGAGGUGGUGGCCGCGUCCUUGAACUUCUACUGCGACUUCGCCUUUGACGCGGGCGCGCAGGCGGUCUUGGACUUCAAGGCCAAGUGGGAUGCACAUGUGGAUGCUCUCAAUGCGGUGGCUUCCACCACAGGGAACAUGGCCUGGCACACGGCGCAGGCAGAAGUGGCCAUUAUCAAUAGCACCAUCCUCACCAUCGUGGUGGCAGCUCUGCCGGGGAGCAUGGAGAAUUCCUCCGCCAGCACCUGGGGUGGCUUCGCCUGCAUGAUCAUCUUUACAGCGGUGCUGGGCUCAGUACGGAUGGGCUCAGCGAUGGUCUCCAUCCGUGGCCCUCCUCCCGAUCCGCUCUUGGCGCUCAUGGUGCUGCUCUUGGUUCUGGGGGUCAUCACUGGCUUGGCCUUCUUCAUGGUGGUGGUCAUGGGCUGGGCUUUGGGUCCAAUCGAGGUGAUCUCCCUGGUGGUCUUCGUGGGCUAUUCCGUCACCUAUUCGCUCCAUGUCGCACACAUCUAUGGAGAGGAGCCGGCAGAGGCCGGCGUUGGUCGACGCGUGCGGUUCGUGGUGCGGCAGGAAGGUGGCGGGUCCGAGGACCGCAAGGCCGAGUUUGCGCGCACGGGAGAGGGACGGCCGCACGAGAAUGGGAGGGCCCUGCGGGGCACGGGGAGUGGUGACACUUGUCGCUGUCGCUUUCGUGCACCUCCCAGCACUCCGCCGGCCUUGGAGGUGUCCAAUCCCGAGGUCCGAGCACGGAAGGCCGUGCUGCGCAUCGGCAUCUCCACGCUCAGCUCGACGCUCUCCACCGCAGGCGCCAGUGCGUUCCUGCUUUUAGCCACCAUGCAAAUCUUCACCAAGCUGGGUCUGGUGGUGCUGGUGGUUUCGGUGCUCUCCUGUCUCGCCUCGUUGGUGGCCGGGGGUUCCCAGCGCGGGAUGCGCUGGGUGGUGCGGGUGGUCUUACCGGCUUCGCUCAUCAUUUGUGGCCCCAGCAACCGCACCUGGCGGGAACGCUGCUGCGGCCGCCCGAAAGUGACGCCUGGAGCUGAGGGGGGAAAGGUACAACGAUGGAGCAAGGUACAGCCUGCAAGGUCGGAGAAGGCCGGGGCUUCGACUCACCCGACGUGGCAUCCCGGCGACGUGGAUCUGGUAGACGUGGAGCUGUCGCUCGGGCUGAGCGGGACGGGCGAGGUAAUGGGCAGCUCGGCAGAGGUGUCAGCGAGUCAGCAGAAGAUGCGACGGGUGCUCGAAAGUGAGACGGAUGAGCUCGUGCGGAAUCUCUGCUGUUUGGGCUGGUCUGGUGAUGGCACAGGCACUGGCGCCAAUGACAACGGGCUCUGUUGGAGCAGCGGCGAGUUCGCGCGCUACGCGCGGUGCUGCUUCCCGAGGCUCAAGGAGCUCGCCCAGGCCCCGGCACCUCCCUGGAUGCUGCGGGAGAUCCGCAGCGACCGCCGCGGCAACGGCAACGACGACCCGCGGCCGCGGCCCGCACGAGAUGCGGAUCGCUUGGAGGAGGACUGGGGCCACUUGUACUGCCGCUUUCGGGUGUUGGGAGGUGAGCUUCACACCUGCAACCCCUGGCAGAUGGAGGUGCUGAAGCAUGACCUUUCGACCAGUGGUGAGCCCUGGGGUCAAUACAAGGCCAUGUCUCGUGCUCUUCGUUUGCUUCUGGCGCUGGAUCUUCUCCCAGAAGACUUGGACCUCUUCGUGUCGAUGAACAUCUAUGAUCAAGACCCUUUGCCCAUGCCGGUGCUCACGAAGGCCCGGUACGUCUUCACCCAGAACCUGCUCAGGGUGCCCUCGUAUGAGUUGAUUGGCCCAUUGCUGGACCAGAUCCGACAAGACUUGGUGCCAAUCCCAUGGGAUGAGAAGGAGCCCCAGCUCUUCUGGCGUGGGGGCAUGCGGAGCUUCAACCGAUGCACCUGCCGCGGGAGGCACGAUCGCUUCGCGACCUGGCCCGCGCAUUGGCGGAACUUCACGGAGCUCUUGGAGGAUGGAGGUGGAUCCGCAGGCUCCGAGCCGCCUGCCCCAUGCGGCUGCAUACGGCACAUCACGAACGGGAGCACCUUGGAGCUCUGCAACCGGGUGCGGCUUUGCGAACUCUCCCGGCAGCAUCCGCAGUUGGUGGACGCCAAACUGGCUUACAUCCCUGAGUCCUAUGAGACGAUCCGCGCGCGGGCAGAGGAGCGAGGCUACGUGGCACAGUACACGCAGCCCAGCGCGCAGAUGCGCUACAAGUACUUGAUCUCCACAGAUGGUUCCACCAUCGACGACACACGAAUCUACUGGAUGCUCUCCACCGGAUCCUUAGUCUUCAAGCAGAUCACCCCGUUACUGGGCUUUGGAAUUACCGCCUUGGAACCCAUGGUGCACUUCGUCCCCAUCAAAGAGGACUUGAGUGACUUGGUUGAGAAGCUCCACUGGGCGAGGGCCCAUGACGAAAUUUGUCGGCAAAUGGCGGCCCGUGCACGCGACUUCGCACGGAGCUACUUCACCGAGGAGCAGAUCUUGCACUACAUCUUGCGAGUGAUCCAGAGGUCCUGA